GAUAAUGAGGUGGAUUCUUGCUUUCGUACUGCUGGGAUACCUUGGUCAAGCGAAUGGCAGAAGCGCGGGUGUUGCACGACGGGGCGUCCCGGUAAAAGCCCGACGGGCGGAUACACCUAAUAUGGUUCCUGGGCCUCCGUCGCCAAUGCCCUCGGGACCUAGCAAGUUCUGGACAUCGGAAAACGCCAUGCUCGACCCCGCGUUCGAGGACCUACAGAACCGCUUCCUGUUUCCCGGCUACAAUUUCCUGUACAUGCUCAUAGAACGCGGCUACCACGGGGAAUACAAGGGGUUUCAACCGACUGAAUACUUCACCUACAAGGGCUGUGACAUAGACAUGAACGAGUUCCCGGAGCAGUUGGGGCGGCUCAUGGAGAUUUCUGGGGACCCCACGGUGCCGGCGUACUACGGAACCCGCCGCAUGCUGGAGGCUGCUUUUCCCCAGCGCUGGAACUGCCCGUCCACGAUCAUAGACACCGCAGUACUUAAAUACACGUGGAUCACGUACAGAGAGCGACUAUCAUCUGGGGACUUGUACAACUGGCUCGUCGACAAGAUUUCCAAGCUCAACCCCGCUUUUGCAGACAGUGACGUCAUCUAUGACGUGACCAAUUACGCCACCAGCCGCAUGUUCGAAGCAGUCUUCAAUGAGUCGAUGCAUUUCAUCCGAACUAUGGGAAUGCAGGACGUUGCGUGGUUCCAGGAGAGCGUUUACUAUAACCUCGUAGACUUCUUCACCCACUGGAACGACCCCUCCCUCGGGUAUCACCAUGGCUACCUUGCCGACCUAGAUAUUGUGAUGCGCGACUCUUUCUGGUGCCCGGACAUGUACUCCGCCCGCGAGAUCUACACUCGCGUCAUGGAACGGUUCAAGUACCAGUUCGAGGACUACGAAAACAGCACGAUGUGCACGUUCCUGAUGGACCUCUUCGGCCGCGACAUUAUGGGGGUUAUCACCAAGUACGAGCAGACCGCACAGUACGACAGGCGCCGCGGCAUUGUCAACGACCUCAACAAAAACAUCGACAUGGCGGUGAUGUGGGAGAUCUGUGGUGAGGCGAAGCGGGAAAUUGAUUAUAUUCUCGACGAGUUCGUCAAGGUUGAAGCCAUGUUCAACGGCAUGUCCAGGGACGAAAUGGUCCGCUUGUUUCGACCCGUUCUAGACGACGUCGAGUGGGCUCGGCUAGAGAAAGCUAUGGAAAUGCUUGGGAUGAUGUUUUACUAAAGCUCGGGCCCAAACGUGUUCCCUCCCAGAUAUCCGAUUGCCGUUACACGUAAGCUACAACUGGGUUGCCAUUGCUACAGGUCAAUUCGUUAUGUUUUUGUUAUGUGCUGUUUUGGAGAAAUAAAUAUUUUGUAUA